ACAAACACAUCAGUACCUGCAUAGCGCAUCAGUACUAAGAUCGAACAGCAAGCAAAUAAACUCACGCAAAUAAUGGAGCUAGUAGAGCUACUACUCUCUGACGAAGGUCUGGCCGUCGUGGUGCCCAUCGUGGUGUAUUGGGCGUACUGUGGCCUGCAUGCAAUGCUUGGCCAGUCCAGGCAUCUGGCCAAAUACAGGUUGCACCCAAGCAGCCAUGAAGACAGCAAGAACCAUGUGUCGAAGCGACAAGUCAUCAGCAACGUCCUCACUCUGCAGCUCGUGCAGGUUGUCAUGGUGACCAUGGUGAUGAUGUUCAAGGGCAAAGAAGAGAGCGGCAGCAGCAGUACGAAGACGAUCUCGUAUCUGAAGUUAGCCUGCCAAAUCAUGGUGGGCAUGGUCUGGUUCGACUUGUGGCAGUUUGGGACGCACCGAGUCCUCCACGCCAAUAGGUUUCUCUACCGGAACCUCCACUCAUGGCACCACCGUCUCGUGGUUACCUACUCCUUCGGAGCCCUAUACGGACACCCUCUUGAGAGCUUCGUCACUGACACCGUCGGUGGCACGACCGCUUUCCUAGUGUCCGGCAUGUCGCCGAGGGCUUCGAUCUUCUUCUUCUCGCUCUGCACUGUCAAGGUCAUCGACAACCACUGCGGCAUGUCGCUGCUGCCCAGCUGGGAUCGCAUCAGCAUCUUCAACAACGCGGCGUACCAUGACGUGCACCACCAGUUGCGUGGUGGUAACUGCAACUACUCUCAGCUCUUCUUCGUCGUGUGGGACAGGAUUUUUGGGACCUACAUGCCCUUCCUCAUCGAGGAGGACAAACAAGGAAUGCUCCAUGUCCGGGCACCCGGCCUUGACUACAGGAGAGGAAGCAACAAGCAGCAGUAAACAGCUAUCUCAUACAUGGAUAUGUAGUAUCUCAAGAUCAAGAGUGUAUAUGACCGAUGAAGCGUGUGUGUACAUGAAGUAUAUGAUCAUAUUACUAAGGUAGUAUUAUGUAAGUAUACAUUGAGUAUGUGGUCAUAUUUAUUCGAUAUACUACUAUGACCACAUAAUCUUAUGUACAAUGAAAUUUGUUUUUUUAAUAUAUAUCCCAUGAAUUACCUGGGUCCAAACCCGCC